AUGAUCGACAUGAGCGAGCUGGAGAAGGAGCAGAGAGUCGACGAGUGGUUUGUGAUGGACGACGUGGCGACAGGGAAGCUGCACCUGAAGCUGGAAUGGUUAUCGCUGCUUCCUACUCCCGACAAACUCGACCAGGCUCUGCUGAGCAUCAAAGCGGAUCGUGGUCACGCUAACGACGGCUUGUCUUCCUGCGUUCUCGUCGUCUUCCUGGAUUCAGCCAGAAAUCUGCCGUCUGGCAAGAAAGUGACCAGUGAUCCCAGUCCGUUUGUCCAGUUCAGAGUCGGACACAAGUCCUUCGACAGCAAGACCAGAUAUAAAACCAAUGAACCGGUGUGGGAGGAAGCCUUCACCUUCCUCAUCCACAACCCCAAAAGCCAAGAGCUGGAGGUCGAGGUGAAAGACGAGAAACACGAGUGUUCGUUGGGGACGUUGACGCUUCCUCUGAGUCAGCUGCUGGAGGCCAACGAAAUGACGCUCAACCAGCGUUUCCCCCUCAAGAACUCCGGGCCGAGCUGCACUCUGAAGAUGAAGAUAGCUCUGCGGGUGUUGUGCCUGAACAAGGACGCAUCCUCAUCCUCUGACUCAACCCCAUCGUCAGUACAAGUCCGCAAAUCCAGCUCUUCCAGCUCCUCCAACCCGACCCCUCGUCCCUCCGUCUCCUCCGACUCCCCGAAGCCUCCGCCUCAACCCUCCUCCACCUCCACCUCCUCCGACAUCCCCCGCUCCGCCUCGGUGUCUGCACAGGACCUGCUGAACCGGCGGAGGGAAGCCGAGGAGAUGGCUCGGUCCUCUGGAAGCACGGACACGGGGCAGGGUGGUAGAGGAGGAGGAGGAGGAGGAGGAGGAGGAGCAGGAGGAGGAGCAGGAGGAGGAGGUCAUAGCUUGGCGGAGACAGGGAGGAGCCACUCUAACUUGGCCAUCUCGGGCUCCCUACAGCACCUGGCUGGAGGCAAGGAGCCGACGCCAAGCAUCGCAUCGGACAUCUCCAACCCUUACGCUGCUCAGGAGCUGCAGCAGAGACUACAGCAGCUGCAAAACGGUUCGGGCCCCAGUCAUUUCCCGCUGGGUGAGGUCCAGCUGACGGUCAGACACAGCUCCCAGAGGAACAAGCUCAUCGUCGUCGUCCACGCCUGCAGGUUUGAGUUCAGCGUUUCUCUCGUGGAGCUUCACAGACGGACUCUGGACGUGGCGGUGAAGAACGGCGGAGGUCUGCUCUCCAAACACAAAGGCCUUCUGGGAAAGGUUCUGGUGGAUUUGACCCAUGAUGACAUCACUAAGGGUUGGACGCAAUGGUAUGAGCUGAGUGAAGACGGCGCCACGAAGCUUCACCACCUAUAAACAGCUACGACGAAGACUCAUCAUCAUCAUCAUCAUCAUCAUCAUCAUCAUCAUCACU